CAUAUUGUGACAUUUGGUUGAAUAAUUUUGCUAUAAAUUGGGUGGGGAAUGAAUCUACUAGGGUCCACCAAACAAACGAGAAUUGAAGCUGUGAGAGACUAUUUUCUUCUACAGCAGUGGAUAAAGGCGUAUCGUUGGAGUCAGAUCAACAUUAAUCAUCGUUUGCUUCAGUCGGGCCUGGAUUUGCGAAAAUGGUAGGGCCGGCGAGACCUCUUUUUGUGCUAUUUGGUUCUUCCAUCGUUCAAUUGAGCUUUGGCGAUGGCGGAUGGGGUUCGAUUCUUGCUGAUUUAUACGCCCGUAAGGCAGAUAUCUUGCUACGCGGAUAUAGUGGUUGGAAUUCUAGACAGGCUCUACGGGUUCUGCAUCAUGUCUUUCCAAAGGACAGUGCCAUUCAACCUUCGUUAGUGAUAGUCUACUUUGGUGGCAAUGAUGCUGUGCUUCCUUUCCCUUCUUCCCAGACCUCUUUUGUGCCACUUCCUGAAUAUGUUGAGAACAUGAAGAAGAUAGCCAUUCAUCUCAAGAGCCUCUCAGAGAAAACCCGAGUCAUCUUCCUCACAGCUCCGCCCGUGAGCUAUGCUCUAAUUAAAGAAAAACUGAGUGAGGAGCACGCUGAAUGUCGAACGUUGGAGUCCUGUCGUAAAUAUGCCGAGGCCUGUAAAGAACUUUGUAAGAAGAUUGACGUGAAAUGCAUAGAUGUUUGGUCUGCAAUUCAGAAAAGAGAUGACUGGCUCACUUCUUGCUUCACAGAUGGGAUUCAUUUAACAGCAGAAGGAAGUCAGAUAGUUGCAGAGGAAAUUUUGAAGGUUUUGGAAGAGGCAGAUUGGGAGCCAAGUUUGCACUGGAAAGAAUUGCCAAUUGAAUUUGGUAGUCCAACUAAAUUAUCCCCUGAAAGGCAAUGGUAAUUGGUUCCUCUUUUACAUCCUGUGAAUUAUUUUAAAUUACACUUCAAACUUUCAAAUGUAAAAAUUGGACCCUCAAACUUCUACACAUGUUAAAACUAGACUCUCAAACUUAGAAAUUUGACCCCUAAAUGAUAAAAGUUGGAACUCCAAACUUAUACAAACAAUUGUUAUAAUUUCUACCAUUUUGUAAGUUUGAGAGGUCAAUUUUGAUGACACCUAUAUGAUUUUGAGGGCUCAAUUUUUACAAUGAAAAAUUUGAGGAUAUAAUUGUAACUACCACCAUAUUUUCAUUGUGGUUUUUGCAUUGUGGUAGUUGCAAUUUAUCCAUAUUUUUGCCAUUUAUUUGAAUUCAUGAUUAAAUGUAUUGUAUGUAUUGACUUUCACUUGUGGAAAUGGAUCUCUCAAUCACUUGUAAAAGUGUGCAUAUUGGUUUCUGGUUAAAA